UCCUAAGAGCGCGUAGUUUGUGUUAUGCGUUUUGCGCUACGUGGGCUGGGUGUAGAUGGAAAUUGCUCAGUAAACUAAUCACCAGCGAAAUGACUCUUCGGAAUAUACUUGGACCUCAAGCUUUAAAAGGCAUAUGCAGCAAAAACUGGACAUCAAGAGGUUUAUUUGCUUGUCGCAAUUCAUUUAGAACCUAUUCUAGUACUUUAGAUAAAUUACCUGAUGGACAAAUCCGGUAUUCGACAAAUAAAAAGUGGCAUGCGAUAAUGAAUUUUGUUCCUAAACCAACAGAUACACCACAAUAUCAGAAUCCGGUUAUAGCGUUGUGUUGUAUCGUCAUUGUGACAUACUUUUCAUUUGUUCACGAAAGAUCUGAGUUAGAUGAUAUUUUAGACAUGAAUGUCGAAGAUUUUCGUCAGAAAAAAUUAAAAAGAUGAUCCAUACAAAAUAUUAGUGUCUUUUGCGUAGUUUUCAUACUUAUGUGUUUCUUGUCACAUAAAAAUAAAUGACGUAUCUUCUUUUUUA